AUGUCACAUCAGGCCAGUAAAAAGCUUAAAUUGAAUAUAACCAAUUAUUCAGUUAAAGGUGGAAAUCUCAAAUUCUAUGUCAAGACUAGAUGGUCAACAGCCUGGGAUUGUACAAGUUCUAUUUUACGUCUUAAGAAUCAGUUAAAAAAUUUGCUUAAUGAAUGUCCAGAAAUAUUGAAUAACAAAAUUAAAGGUUUAUUACGAACCAGAUCAUUUUUUAAUGAUAUUAAUACCGUUAAUACUUUAUUAGGUCCAGUCAAAUCAGCAGUAAAAGCUCUUGAAUUCAAAUCUACUACACUUGCUAAUUGUUUUAUUGAAUUAAUCAAAUUAUCACAAAGAAUUAAUUUUCUUCCACCAAUAUCGGAUCAAAAUUUUAAAUCUACUUGUAUUGAAUUAUUUAACAAGAGGUGGAAACAAUUUGAUUUUGAUCUUUAUGUCCUAAGUUAUAUGCUUCAUCCAUACUAUCAAGGUAAAAUAUAA